UGUACAUCACACCCGCGCAAGCGCAGUUUAUUGUUUUGACUGAAGAUGCCGUCGGUUUCGAAAACGGCGGCCAGUGCUUCUCCUCAAACCGAGAAACCAACCCACUACACAUAUUUAAAGGAAUUUAGGACGGAGCAGUGCCCUCUUUUUUUGCAGCACAAAUGCACACAGCACAGACCAUAUACAUGUUUUCAUUGGCAUUUUUUCAACCAGCGAAGGAGGAGACCAAUAAGGAGAAGAGAUGGAACAUUCAACUAUAGUCCAGAUGUAUACUGCACCAAGUAUGAUGACACCACAGGCAUUUGUCCUGAUGGGGAUGACUGCCCAUACUUACACAGAACUACUGGUGACACAGAGCGCAAGUACCAUCUGCGCUACUAUAAAACUGGCAGUUGCAUCCAUGAGACAGACAGUCGUGGCCACUGCAUGAAAAAUGGUCUGCACUGUGCCUUCGCCCAUGGCCCUCACGAUCUGCGGCCACCCGUCUAUGACAUCAGAGAGAUCCAGGCACAAGAGGCCCUGCAGAACGGGCAACUGGGUUCUGGAGACGGGAUCCCUGACCUGCAGCCAGGAGUCCUGGCCAGCCAGGCGAUGAUAGAGAAGACCCUCAGUGAAGAACCUCGUUGGCAGGGUGAGGGUUUUUGAUUCUGAUUCAAAUUCAAACAGAUUGUGUUCAUAGGUGUGUUCUUACUGAAUGCAGUGAUCCUUUGCUUGUUCUCCCUCAAGUGUAAUCUUGUAAUAACACAGUGCUAAACUCAUAGGUCACCAAAUCAAUACAUGGCCAAUAAAUGGAAACAAAAAGUUUUUAGACUUGUGCCUGAGACAUAUUGCCAAUGGCAUAAAGGCAGCAACCUGAUGAAAUCAAGAUGGACAGGUUUAACAGACAUAGCUGGUGUGCAGCCUUUAGUCUGUCUAUUUAUGGUGACUUGUUCAUGAGUUUGUUAUGCUUGAACAAUUUCAAAAUACUCUCUCAAAGUAGAUAACUGAUUAUAUUAAGGAUUGGAGGGUAUGCAGUAAGUAAAGCAGGCGUCCUGGCUGAUAUGCACUGUUUGACACACAAAACCCCCCUUAGCCAGGGCUGUACCUUGUUACUCCACAUUAUGUAAUAAUGCUGCAACUCUCUAAAAUGUCAUAAAAUGUCACGUUAUUAUGUAAUAAUUAGCGCAUUUUGAAACAUGAUGUAUUUUGUAAUAAAGCUUAUAUAAUAAUAAUAAUAAUAAUAAUAAUAAUAAUAAUACAUCACAUUUAUAUAGCACUUUUCACAGUUCACAAAGACGCAAUAUGCAAUAGAAAUGUUUCCAUUUUGUAUAUUGCAUCCCUUUACAUAAACCUCUAACAUUACCUUAUUGUACUAAAGUAACAGCCUACAACCAAUCAAGAUUAUUGACAAAGCAAUUGCACUACUAGACGAGAUGAAUCCUUUAAAUCAUUGAAUCCCUCUUGCUUCUCUUCGUAUUCUGGUUAGAGCUGGUGUGUGGUGAAGAAUGGACACCUUUUUAAGACAUCUUCAGUUUCUUGCUAGUCUCUUCUUUGGAAUAGCCUUUUGAUACUAGUCUCUAAACUGCCGUUACUAAUUCUAAAUGGAUGGUCGCUAUGGCCAAGCCCCGUUGUUAGUUCCGUAUCUCUUGUUGCCAAGUCAGCAUAUUCCAGUCUGCUGUGACCUUAGCUUUGUUAAAUCAGUGCAGUGUAACUAGCUAUUUCAGAUAUGUAACAUGUUUUCACUCUUUGUACUUCCAUCUGUUCACUAAUUUGUAACUCUGUUAUGAAGUGACGGUUCAUUU